CAAGCUAGCUGCUGCUUCUAUUCCUCACCCACCCGAAACAAGACUCUCAACAACGCCCUUUCGCCAUUACGACUUCAACGCGCUAUCGCGACCAUUCCAUCUUCAUACUCUCCUUCUACUACCUCCUUUACCUUUUCUCAUCCUCCACAACCGUCAAGAUGCCUUCAGAUCUGUGUCCCGUCUAUGCGCCCUUCUUCGGUGCCAUGGGCUGCACAGCUGCAAUCGUCUUCACAUGUCUGGGCGCGUCAUACGGAACCGCCAAGUCUGGCGUGGGUAUCGCGGCGAUGGGUGUCCUGCGACCUGACCUCAUCGUGAAGAACAUUGUCCCCGUUAUUAUGGCCGGUAUCAUCGGUAUCUACGGUCUCGUCGUCUCCGUCCUCAUUUCCGACGGUCUCAAGCAGACCGACUACCCCCUGUUCACCGGCUUCAUCCAGCUCGGUGCCGGUCUGGCCGUCGGUCUGGCCGGUCUGGCUGCCGGUUUCGCCAUCGGCAUCGUCGGUGAUGCUGGUGUGCGCGGUACUGCCCAGCAGCCAAGGCUCUUCGUCGGCAUGAUUCUGAUUCUCAUUUUCGCUGAGGUCUUGGGUCUGUACGGUCUCAUUGUUGCGCUGCUCAUGAACUCCAAGGCCUCGCUGAACGUCAGCUGCUAAAGCGCUUCGCUGUCCACGUCUCGACCCGUCGACACGAUACUCCGAAGCGGACCGGCGACUGGAAACCUUGCGCAAGGUCCUCUUCGAAGCUUACAAGAACGACACAGUCGGCGGUAGCACAAAAGUCACGGAAUCAGCUUGGGACUCUGGAUAAAUGGGUCAUGCUCUGGGGAAACAACCGCAUUCAAGCACGGCGGUUCACUCCCCUGACCAGGAUGAACGAAAGGGGCGUAGACGGAGAGGACGGAUGAUGGGGAACGGUGCGUCUGGAGCAUAUACGUGUAAAAUCUGUCACAUUAGGCGGCAUCAUCGGUUGUCUUUUUUCUCGUCAUAGAUGUUGGGAGGCGGGAGAAGUGGUGUGUGGGAGAAGACUGUAGUGUAGGAUGGGAGUAAUGCUGCGUUGAUUCUGCGAUUUCUGGGUUUCACGGCUGCAUUAAGUACUGACAAGUGUGUUUUUGCAUUACACCUCAUCCUCAAG